UAAACUGAACUGAACUGAAAUUAGGCUAAAGUGAACAGACCCUUAUACAAAAAUGUAAAGGCUUGUUAAAGUUAAGGCUCAUUAAGAAUCCUCACCGAUCAACAAGUUCCAAGCUAGAUUACGUUCCUUGAUUUCAUGUUAAAAGGGAGGGUAAUUUUGUUGUCCACUAUUACCUUGGUAGAUUAGGUUUUUUUUUUUUUUUUUUGGAAUAAAGAUUAGGGUUGUUUAAAAUUGUUUGGAUUUGGAAAUUCGUUAUCAUAAAAGUUGUAUUCUCAUAUAGUCAUAUAGUUAUAUGUACUCAUAGAGUCAUGGUCUCAUGGAUAAAUUAUCUAUUGAUUAAUAAAUGCAUUAAGCCAUUAAUCAUUCCCCUGGAAAAUAUAUAAUGCCUUGUAUUUUUUGUAUUUUGAAGCUAGAACAAAUUUUAUAUGACUACUAAAAAUAAGUGUUGCAUCAAUACGAAGUACUAUAAAGUUGUUUAUAAGAAACAAGUCUAAUACGGAAAAAUGUUUACCAAGUGUGAAAGUACCUGAUUACGAGUAACAUGUUUUAACCGAACUUGUUUACGAUCCCGUGGUGUUAUCUCUUAUUUUCGGUAUUUUCGCGCACUUUUGUUUUCGAAACAGAUCACAAAAAAGACCAAACCCCAUUGAUGCAGUCUCAACAAAACACACAGAGUUAAUGUCACAAACAAUGCUGAAAUUCCACCGCCAUUUUUUAACUAGAAUUCUUUGAUAUCCAUGUUUCCAGGUUAGAUUAUUAUCUCUUACCAUGAGUUCUACUCCACAUUUUCUUACCUCUUCUUCUGAUUACUAUGCUACUCUGCUUCAAACUUGCUCGAAAUCUAAACACUUAUCAGUUGGGAAAUCAAUUCAUGCUCAGAUUAUCAAACAAGGUCUUUUUGCAAGUGUAUAUCUUUUUAAUAAUCUCCUUAAUUUGUAUGUUAAAUGUGGGUUAAACUCUGUUGCCCACCAACUGUUUGAUGAAAUGCCUGUGAAAAAAUUGUUUUCUUGGAACACAAUUGUAUCAGGGUAUGCUAAAGUGGGGGAAAUGGGUGCGGCUAAUUUUGUUUUUCAACAAAUUCCGGACCGUGACUCGGUCUCUUGGACUGCUAUGAUUGUGGGUUACUAUCAAAUGGGUUAUUAUGAAAAUGCAUUGAAAAUGUUUUUGGAUAUGAUUAGGGAUGGAGUGUCACCUACCCAGUUCACAAUUACUAGUGUUCUUGCAUUAUGUGCAAAUAUGAGAGAUUUGAAUGUUGGUAGAAAGGUUCAUUCUUUUGUUGUUAAGCAUGGACUAGGUAGUUAUGUUUCAGUAGCAAAUUCACUGUUUAAUAUGUAUGUAAAGACUGGUGAUCAUGUAAGGGCAAGGAUUGUUUUUGACAGGAUGGGGAUCAAAAAUGUUUCAAGCUGGAACUCUAUGAUUUCCUUGCAUAUGAUGUGCGGUGAUGUUGAUCUUGCUCGUGCACAGUUUGAACAAAUGAAUGACCGCGACAUUGUGUCAUGGAACUCUAUUAUUACAGGAUACAAUCAAAGGGGGUUUCAUAUUGAAGCUCUCCAAGUAUUCUCGGAAAUGUUAAAGGAUUCUUCAAUGAAACCGGACAAAUUUACGUUGGCUAGUGCUUUAUCAGCUUGUGCAAGUCUUGAGAACUUGGAACUCGGGAAACAAAUUCAUGCAUAUAUGGUAAGGACUAAAUUUGAUGUUUAUGGGGCAGUGGAAAAUUCUUUGAUCACAAUGUACGCUAGGUGUGGAGGUGUAGAAAAUGCUCGAAAGAUCAUACAAAAAAACGGGAUUUCCAAUCUCAAUGUGAUAGCAUUCACAGCUUUAAUGGAUGGCUAUGUGAAGCUUGGAGAUAUUAGGCCUGCAAGAGAAAUAUUUGACUCAUUGAAAGACCGUGAUGUGGUUGCUUGGACGGCAAUGAUAGUAGGUUAUGAGCAGAAUGGACUUAAUGAUGAUGCAGUGUCAUUAUUCAGAUUAAUGCUUAGAGAAGAGCCGAGGCCAAACAAUUACACAUUAGCUGCUAUGCUGAGUGUCAUUUCAAGCUUGGCAAAUCUGGAUCAUGGCAAACAGAUUCAUGCUGUUGCUAUAAGGUCAGCAGAAGUAUCAUCCGUUAGUGUAUCCAAUGCACUAAUUACCAUGUAUGCCAAGGCUGGAAGCAUAUUUGGUGCCAGACGUGUCUUUACACUACACCGCUAUAGAGACAGUGUUACAUGGACCUCAAUGAUUAUAGCUUUAGCUCAGCAUGGUUUUGGAGAAGAAGCAAUAGAACUGUUUGAGAAAAUGCUGUCAUUGGACAUUAAGCCUGACCAUAUAACAUAUGUGGGAGUACUUGUUGCCUGUACCCACGCUGGUUUGGUAGAAAAAGGAAAGAGCUAUUACAACAUGAUGCAGAAUGUGCACAAAAUUGAACCAACUACAAGUCACUAUUCUUGCAUGAUUGAUCUCCUUGGACGUGCUGGCUUGCUGCAAGAAGUACAGAAUUUCAUUAAGAAAAUGCCUAUGGAACCUGACAAUAUUGCUUGGGGUUCAAUUUUAGCGUCUUGUUAUGCUCAUAAAAAUAUAGAGUUGGCAAAAGUUGCAGCUGAGAGAUUGCUACUUCUUGAUCCAGGGAACAGUGGUGCCUUUGCAUCCCUUGCUAAUCUAUAUUCUGCCUGUGGAAAGUGGGCUGAGGCUGCUAAAGUUAGAAAAUCAAUGAAGGAAAAAGGAAUUAAGAAGGACCAAGGACUGAGCUGGCUUCAACUCAAGAAUGAAGUGCAUGUCUUUGGAGCUGAAGAUGCACAUCACCCUCAAAGAGAUGCAAUCUAUACAAAGAUGGCAAAAAUAUGGGACGAGAUUAAAAAAAUGGGCUUUGUUCCGGACACAAAUUCAGUGCUACAUGAUCUGGAUGAAGAAGUGAAAGAACAUAUCCUUAGGCAUCACAGUGAAAAGCUUGCUAUAGCAUUUGGACUUCUAAAUACUCCCGAAAACACCACCUUAAGAAUCAUGAAAAACUUGCGUGUAUGCAAUGACUGUCACUCUGCUAUCAAAUUCAUUUCAAAGCUAGUGGGCAGAGAAAUUAUUGUAAGGGAUGCUACACGAUUUCACCAUUUCAAAGACGGUGUCUGCUCAUGUAGAGACUAUUGGUAGUGUAGAUAUUUGGUGAUAGGUAUGCAAUUCUUGUAUGUGGUUCUUUGCAGAGGGUUAUCUUAUAGCUGGAAUUUAUAGGACUGGAGAUAGACAAGGUAAUAUGAGGAUGAUGAAAGAGUUGAAGCACCGUAGUUGUGAAUUAAUGAAGACAAGGGAUUGGAGAACCAAUUGUUGUUAUAUGAGGUAUAGUGCUGUAUAAUAUGUUGGAGGUUGAAAAUACAGCUUACUCUUUGAAUCCAUGUGACGAGUCUGAAAGGAUGGUGGUUUUUAUAGUUUACUUAUAGUAAGCUCAUGAUUCUUGAUUCUAAACCAUUCAUCACCAUAUAUACCUCAAUAGAUAUUUGCAGAGUGAAUUGUUUUGUCGCUCUUUGGUUUUUAUCUGUCCCAAAUUUAUGCAAGUCCGUUCCACUUAAAUACUUUAUAAAGGCUGUUUGCUCAGAGGAAAUCUUCCUGUUCAUCAAGUGAUGUGUUCUUCGUAUCGUUGCCAAGGUCAUCUACUACUAGCCAAUAAAAGAGUUUACCAUGGGGAAAAGCUGUAUGUAAUUAGUAUCUGGUAAAACAAUGAAUGGAUCUAAGCCUAACAGGAUUUCAUGAGCUUUUGAGGCAAAAUCCUUAUUGCCUGGCUGAAGCUGUGGGGCGUAAAAUUAUUUGUAUUGUACAUUCUGUGCUCAAGUGCUUCAAGCUGAGCCAAAAACAUGUAUCAUGGGCAUCGAGAUCAAAUUUGUACAUGGUAUCUAAGCCUCUUAGGACUGUGUAAGUGCCUCUGCAAAUAUAAACCAACAGCCUUUCUUUGGACUUCAGGCUUUCUGGCCUGCAUAUCUACCAAGGUUAAAAAUCUGGUUAUUACACAUUUAGAAAUAUGCAGUUGAUGUCAGGUGAUCCUUAUUGUGUGUUAGUAGGUGAUGUAUGUGGAAUUUGCCGACGGUUGCAGGAGUUAUUGUGCCAUGGUUUGAGAAUUAAGAAGAUUUUCACUUUUGUAGAAGGUUACUUGGUGAGUAUAAAAUGGAAAGAGGAGAUGCUCAUUCUACAAUUAAACUAUUGAUUUUGUACACAUUUGAAGGCAACAAUGCUAUUGAGCAUAACUUCUUGGGUGGUCUUUGCUCCUUAAAUUUAUGUCAGAGAUACCUGGCUAACUGCAACACAGAUACACAAACCACCAAACUCAAAAGAGUUGGAUGGUCUGGCAUCUUACUGCUUCUUGGGUCCUCAUGCUUCAGAUCACCAAACUCAAAGAGUUGGAUGGUCUGGCAAUCUGGUAUCUUACUGCUUCUUGGGUCCUCAUGCUUCAGACUGUUUCAGUUUCAGUUUCGAGAAAACUUCUGAUCAUUUGCUCCUAUAUUCAUCUUGUUAAUCUUUAAUACCUUGCGGUUCUCAAGCUGUAUACAACAUUUUUGUAGCGGAUAUGGCUAACUAAUUGAUCUUAAUCCCUUUUGUUUGAUUGUUGCCUUUGUUGGGAUAAGAAAUUUAGACAUGCUAAAAAAAAACUUUGGGUAAAAAAAGCUGUGGAGAGGUGUGCUGUUUCAGCCUUUCAGGUUGUAUUGGGCCUGGUGGCUCUAUUUUUGGGAUGUAAGACUGUUAGUUGUUUCAAUCUUGAACAUGUUACUUCUCCCCUACUUGGUCAUAUCAAAGAAGAA